AUGAGGUCCCUCCAGCUCCUGGUCACGUCGCUAGCCGCUUCCGCUUUCGCACGAUCAGUCGAGACUCAUUCUCAACAUGCAAUAAUUCCUCAAGAUGACCAGUUAUCGACUGAGGAACUGUUCUUGAUUGAAUUGAGUCCAGGAGAAACGAGAUGGGUUGAAGAGGAUGAAAAAUGGGAGCUUAUGAGAAAUGGAGUCAAAUUUAUGGACAUCACCGAAACAAAAGACACAUAUCCGUACACAGAGGUAUCCCGGUCGGCUGCGAUCGUCUAUCCCUCGAAACCGAAGCACAUGGACGAGGUCAAGGCCUUGACGAAGACGUUAGACAAGGACAAUAUGCGCAAGCACCUGGAAGGUCUCACAUCAUUCCACACGCGCUAUUACAGGAGCCAGACAGGCAUUGAUGCCGCUUUGUGGUUGCAUGACCAAAUCAAGGAAGUCAUCGAAGCAUCCGGCGCAUUCAAUUACAGCGCUUCCCUUGACUUGUUCCCGCAUUCCUGGGGACAGUCAAGUAUCAUUGCUCGAUUCCCCGGACGAACAAACCACACGAUUGUGAUUGGUGCACAUCUGGACAGUGUCAAUAUGUUCUUUCCCUACCUCCGUGCACCCGGUGCCGAUGAUGAUGGCAGUGGGACGGUGACCAUCCUCGAGGCUAUGACGGCCCUGUUGCAGUCGGACAAGAUCGUGAACGGCUCUAGUGAGAAUACAAUCGAGUUCCACUGGUAUUCGGCCGAGGAAGGUGGCCUCCUUGGGAGCCAGGCGAUUUUCAAGUCCUACUCUGAAGAAGGCAGGGACAUCAAGGCCAUGAUUCAGCAAGACAUGACAGGGUACAUCGAGCAGACCCUCGCACAUGGCAAACCUGAAUCGGUCGGAGUGAUUACGGACUUUGUGGACCCAGCAUUGACAAAAUUCGUCGAAGGCAUUAUCACCGUCUACUGUGAUAUCCCCUACACAUUGACCAAAUGUGGAUAUGCCUGUUCCGACCAUGCUUCAGCCAGCAAAUACGGCUAUCCCUCGGCGUUUGUGAUCGAGUCGGAUUUUGAAUAUUCGGAUAAGAAAAUCCACACCACGGACGAUCUCAUUAAGUACCUGAGUUUUGACCACAUGCUUCAACAUGCGAAGAUGACGCUGGGGUUUGCAUAUGAGGCCGCUAUGGCCAAGUUCUGA